CGCGCACCCGUUCCCCCUUUGUACAGAUAUAAAUCGCUUACAGCACCGUGACUGUGCACUUUAGUUGCCUGUUAAAUAAGACUAGUCGUCUGGCACCGAGUUAGUCACGGAGAAAAGGUUUUAACCUGCAGCGCUUAACGAUGGAGAUCCUAGACCUGCUCCCUGCCAACUUCGGCUACGUGAUUUUGACUUACUUCUACAGCUGGGUCAUGUUGACUUACCUCGGCGUUAACGUUGGACGUGCAAGGAAGAAGUAUGACGUGAAGUACCCCACCAUGUACAGCACUAAGGACGACAUGUUCAACUGCAUCCAGAGAGCUCACCAGAACACACUGGAGGUUUAUCCACAGUGGCUGGUUUUCCAGACCAUCGCUGCAAUCGUGUAUCCCACGGCAGCCUCUGUUCUGGGAGUUAUCUGGGUGACCAGCAGGUUCUCCUAUGCCUGGGGUUACUACACUGGCAACCCAGCCAAGAGACUGAACGGGGCGUACGGCUACAUCGGCCUCUUCGGUGUCAUCAUCCUGUCCCUGUCUGUUGCUCUGCAGCUGCUUGGAGUGAUAUAAGAGCAUAUAAUUAAACUCUCAAGCGUAGCACUGACCAGGGUUUCAUCUAAAAGACUUUUUUUGUAUAUCCAUUGUUUUUUUUUUCUAUAUCCAUUUAGUAUAGCUCUCAAUGUUAAUUUUUUUUGUUUAUAACAGAGACCAUAAUAUCCAUCUUAUAUAGAAAGUGAACAUAAAUAUGAGAUAAAUGUCUCCUGUAGAACUGUGAAUGCACAUCCAUACCAGUAACCCACUGUUUUCCUUCCUGAAAGCAUUAGUUUAACAUUUUUUUUUAUUUCCAUAUGUCAUGAAUAUGCAGAACACUAUUUGAGUGGGGUUUUUAUAACAUUUCAUUUGUCUUGUAUUUCAUGUACAAAUAAAGUCAAAAUAAAAUGUUUUCUCAUUAAAGAAUGGACAAAAACAA